AUGGGCCCGGAGUCGGCCGCGCCGCCGCCGUUCGCGCGCGUGGCACCCGCGCUCUUCCUCGGGAACGCGCGCAGUGCGGGCGCCACGGCGUUGCUGGCGCGUGCGGGCGUCACGCUGUGCGUCAACGUCUCCCGCCAGCAGCCCGGCCCCAGCGCGCCCGGCGUGGCCGAGCUGCGCGUGCCGGUGUUCGACGACCCGGCCGAGGACCUGCUGACGCACCUGGAGCCGACCUGCGCCGCCAUGGAGGCCGCGGUUCGGGCCGGCGGCGCCUGCCUCGUGUACUGCAAGAACGGCCGCAGCCGCUCGGCGGCGGUGUGCACCGCCUACCUCAUGCGGUCCGGCGGCCUCAGCCUGGAGCGCGCCUUCCAGAUGGUGAAGGACGCCAGGCCGGUAGCCGACCCGAAUCCGGGCUUCUGGUCUCAGCUGCAGAAGUAUGAGCAGACUCUCCAGGCCCAGGCCUGCCCGCCCGGGGCGCCCGCUGAUCCCGGCCGGGGGGACCGGUGACCCCUCCCGACGGCCCCGUUCCGCCUCCGGCGCCGAGGCUGGGGGAAGGGGCGGCCGUCUGCACCGACGGGCGGGGCCCCGGCGUCGAGCGCCCGCCUUUCCCCGUGGGGCCUCCUCUGCCUGAAGUGCAACUCACUGGGGUCUCUGUCCCUUCCAUUGCAUGCACGGCGUGUCCACCGAGGCCACCGGGCACCGCUGCCCGAGACCUCCUCCCAGCCUGCCUUUAUCAGCUCCAAACUCUAACCCACCACAGUAGUUUUAGGCAGAGAUUUCAUGCAAGAGGAUGGAGGACGGGAGCCUGGGGUAGGAGACGGGGAGCCUGGGGUAGGAGAUGAGGUGCCUGGGGUAGGAGACAGGGAGCCUGGGGUAGGAGAUGAGGUGCUUGGGGUAGGAGACGGGGAGCCUGGGGUAGGAGAUGAGGUGCCUGGGGUAGGAGACGGGGAGCCUGGGGUAGGAGAUGAGGUGCCUGGGGUAGGAAACGGGGAGCCUGGGGUAGGAGACGGGGAGCCUGGGGUAGGAGAUGGGGUGCCUGGGGUAGGAGAUGAGGUGCCUGGGGUAGUAGACGGGGAGCCUGGGGUAGGAGACGGGGAGCCUGGGGUAGGAGAUGGGGAGCCUGGGGUAGGAGACGAGGAGCCUGGGGUAGGAGACGAGGAGCCUGGGGUAGGAGAUGAGGAGCCUGGGGUAGGAGACGGGGAGCCUGGGGUUGCUGGCUGCUGGAGCCUGGGGUAGGAGAUGAGGUGCCUGGGGUAGGAGAUGAGGUGCCUGGGGUAGGAGAUGAGGAGCCUCGGGUAGGAGAUGGGGAGCCUGGGGUAGGAGAUGGGGAGCCUGGGGUAGGAGAUGGGGAGCCUAGGGUAGGAGAUGGGGAGCCUAGGGUAGGAGAUGGGGAGCCUGGGGUAGGAGACGGGGAGCCUGGGGUUGCUGGCUGCUGGAGCCUGAGGUAGGAGACGGGGAGCCUGGGGUUGCUGGCUGCUGGAACCACCGCAGCCCCUGCCCCUGCCAGGCUUCUCAGAAAUGCGCUGGCUGUCUUCCAUGCUCAGGCUUGUGCCUACUCCUACACACCAGGGAUGGCGGCUUCCACUUCACUCAACCAUGUCAACAACGUCAGACCUAGCAUCAUCUGGCCGCUGGAAUGCCUUCCCUGUGCUGUCCUCCCGUGGUCUCCUUGUGCCAAUUCCUACCCAAGUUCAGGCACAUCCUAUGGUUUUGACAUCUGGAAAGUUAGUCGCCAACAACAUUCUUCAAAUAGUGAGGAAAAAGAAAAGGGAAACAAGUGUGUAUGAAUCAAACAAUACAGUCACUGGUUAAUCUAUCCAGAUACAUAGGAAUCUAUGAAUAAAGUGCCAUAGUGCACCUGCUGUCUGCUGAGCAGUCCAGAGCCACACUGCCCCUGGAGGUCAAACACUGGUAGCUCUGUGCACCUCCCCCCUGCACUCCUGGACCUAGGCUCUGGCUGUGAUGGAACAGCCUGGCCACUGGUCACAAGUCACCACCACACCCUGGCGGGAAGCAGUCAGCCGGGUCUGUUACACCAGAGCCACGGUCUCAAAACAGGACUGCUGCGCAGCCUGCCGAGUUUACCUCCCCAUAUCCCUCAAAGAUCAUCAGCUCCCCUCAGCCAGCAAGGCUGCAGUGGCUUACAAAGGAGAACCAGGCUCAGAUUUGUACCCCAUGUAUGUGGCUGAUGCCUGCUCCCCAUACCUUUGAUAGGGUCUCCAAAGCCAUCCUCAGAGCAGGGAACAGCUGCUGUUGAUUUGUCCUUGGGUAAUGAGAACAAGGACUGCAAGGCCUAGGCCAGGAAGGGUCCCACUGGACACUUCUUAUCUCACCAGCUCCAUUCUGGGGGCUCCCCACCAGACCUCUGUUCUAGAGACACCAGGGCCCUCCUCUGAACACUGCUUCCUUCCAGGAACCUUUGCUGCUCUCCCAGGCUGCUGGCUCCCUGCACGUCUCAGCACUCACUUCUCAGGGGUGAGGCCAGGAUCCCACAUACCCCAUCACAGACAGCCCACACAGUGCAGGUAGUGUGUCUCCCCCCCACCACACCACCUCUGGGAUGGUGCAAAGAUCCCAGUGGGAAAGACAGGACUUGACGGGUCCUGAUGUCCGAGUGUGAAGGAAGCAUGGGGAAUCAACCAAGACUGACAGACAAGUUCAUUCUUAAUAGCUUUUAAUUCAAAGCAUGUAUGCACUGCUUGCUUUAAGCUAUAUACUCAUGAACUACAAUGUUUAGUAGAAAAAAAAGGGAGGGGUGCGAUGUUGGUGUCUCUGUUAGUGUGCUCAUUCUGGGAUUGAGAAAAUGACUCCUCUGGGCAGAAACCAUGUUUGCAAAGAAAAUACUUCAAGGGUGGGCAGGUCUUGAAAGGAGCUUGUGGCAGAAUCCACUCUAAAGUAACCACCAGAUAGAUACCUGUGAGCCAAGUUCGGAGAGCAGUCUCUGCCGGGAGUUUAGUCGCAAGUGACACAGUGUAACAACAGGAUGGGAUGCGCCUGGGUUCGGAUCUAAGGUAGCCAGCCUGCUUUUAAAUCGCACUCGGGAGGGUUAGAGUGCUAUCAGCUGCACCCACACACCCGCAUCUGGUUGUGCGUUAUCUUGCUUUGUUCCUCUAAUAAACCUCAGGCUCAGUGUGUCCUAAAAUUAA